AUGUUCUUCACCACCUCCCCAGACGCCCUCUUCAUCCCGCCCGCGACCAUCGACCCCGUGGGCUUCGGCAAGGUCGCCAUCGUCACGGGGUGCGGCUCGGGCGUGGGCCUCGCGUGCGCGCAGCUGCUCUUGGCGCACCAGUACUCCGUCUGCGGACUCGACGCGCGCGAGUUCAACUACGCGCUGCUCCAGGAGGCGGACCACGGCCGGUUCCAUUUCCACCGCGCUGAUCUCACGGGACCGAGGGCAUGCGAGGAUGGGGUGUAUGCUGCUGUUGCUUCUUUUGGCGGACAUAUAGACUUGCUCGUCAACGUUGCGGGCGUGAUGGGAUCGUUUAGCAGCGCCGACGGCGUGACGGACUCGGAGUGGGAUCGGGUGGUGGCCGUGAACCUCACGGUCCCGGUCAAGAUGAUGAGGGCGGUGAUACCCUUUAUGCUCGAGAAGAAGUCAGGCGUCAUCGUCAACGUCGCCAGCACGGCCGGCGUCUCGGGGGCCGUGGCUGGGAUAGCGUAUACGUGCAGCAAACACGGUCUGAUUGGCGCCACCAAGAACGUGGCAUGGCGGUUCCGCAAGGAAGGCAUCAGGUGUAACGCGGUGCUCCCCGGCGCCAUCGACUCGCGCAUCGGCAAGGCCAUUGCCGCCGGCCACGGAGGGGACGAGGAGUUCGACGCCGAGGCUUACGCGCAGGUCGAGCCCGUUCAUGCCCUCCACGCGCAGGCGUCCGAGUCGACGCCGAAUAUCACGCCGCUCGAGGUCGCGCAGUCGGUGCUGUUCUUGGCCACAGACCAGGCGAGAACGAUCAACGGGGUGAGUCUGCCGAUUGACCAGGCUUGGAAUGUUGUUUGA